AUGAACGAAGCAGUAAAGAAAGUAAAAUCCGGAGAAAUGACUUUGCGUCAGGCUUCAGAUAUUUUUAAUGUUCCAUAUACAACCUUGCAGAGGCGAGUAACAUGUCAAGACGUUAUUAAACGCCGUGGUGGACAGCCAAUUAUGAAUACAGUAGCUGAAAAACUAUUUGCUAAACGCUUAAUUUAUUUAGCAACUCGGGGAUUCGGGAUUACACCUAAGAACGUCCGCAAGUACGCUUUUGAUUUUGUAAUUCGCCAUAAUUUAAAACAUAAUUUUAACACAAAUGCAAAGAUGGCAGGUGAAGACUGGUUUCAUAGAUUUAUGCAGAGAAACAAAGAAAUUACAAUUAGAAAACCAGAAAGUUUAUCUCGAGCCAGAUGUAAUGGCAUGCAAGAAGAAAAAGUGAGAGAUUUUUACAAGAUGUUGGAGAAAGUUAUUGAUGAUAACAAUCUGUGGGACAGACCGGAAUGUAUAUACAAUCAAGAUGAAACAGGGCUGCCUCUGAACAAUCGUCCUCCCAAUAUCAUUGCGGCAAAAGGAAGUAAAGAUGUGAUAAGUAUGACUAGUGUUGAGCGGGGCGAAAACGUGACAGUUUUAGCAUGCAUGAACGCUGCAGGACAAUUCAUACCUCCAUUCGUUCUUUUUAAAGGUGUGCGUAAACGAGAUGAUUUUAUGAUUGGUAUGCCUUCUGGAACCGAGAUUGUUAUGACAGAAAAAGGUUGGAUAACUGAAGAUGCAUUUAAGAUGUGGUUGGAUCAUUUUAAUCGCUACCGCACAAAAGGAAAAGUGAUUUUAAUUUUAGAUGGUCACUUAUCACACACAAACUUGGCAGUAGUAGAUUUGUGUGAAGCUUCCGAAAUUGAGCUCGUACUCAUUCCACCACACACAUCUCAUGCUCUUCAACCACUUGAUGUCUCUUUUUUUAAGCCAUUAAAAACUUAUUAUCACCAACAAGCGACCACAUGGCAACAUUCUAACACAGGCAAAGGAAUCAGCAAGAUUGUUUUUGGAGGCUUAUUAAAGCAGGCUUGGAAUUUAUCGGCAACGGUUGGAAAUGCUACAAAAGGUUUUGAGAAGACAGGAAUUUAUCCAUUAAAUCUCAAUGCCAUACCGGCUCACAAGUUUGUCGGAGAUAAUACCACAAAUAGUAUCCACUUCAUUGAGAUGCCUUUAAUGAGUAAUGAUACACAACUUUCUAGUGCUAGCAGUGAAAUUGCCAACACCAUAAAGGAGCUUCUUCCUCUACCGAAAAAAACAACUAAAUUCGUCUCAGAGAUCGGUGAUCACGGAUCACAGAAUCCAGUACUCUCGUGA